AUGGGGGCAACCCCAAGCAACACGCGACAAAAGGAGUUCGUUGCGGAGAUCCAGGGAUGGCCAGGGUUUGUAGAAAGGAUGUGCAUGACUUCGUCGGAUGUGUCUGGCAUCGCAACGGCUUUUAGAAAGGCAACCGAAAGCAGCGAAGGAAAAUAUUUGCAGCGAGCGGAUUUUGAACACUGGCUGGACAUGGGAAGCAAGCCCAAGCCGGUGGAGGAACGCCUAUUCGAAGUGUUCAUCAUCAACUCAGGGGAACAGCAGGACGAUGCACUGGCGAGGGGACUUCUGGCGGAGCGAGUCGGGGUCGACCCGAUGCAGCCGACCGAGUGGAAGGACUUUUGCAGAUCUUACCCCAACCUCCUGCAUCCGAUUUAUAAGCUGCAACGAACCCUUCAGGACAUGACCAUCGGGAAGAAGCGAUGGGCGAAAUUGAACGAGAAAAUGAAGCUCAGGGCAGCUAAGAUGGGAUCGUGGCGGUUAAGGCGGUUGCCGAUGGAGGGGAUGGAGAUCUGGUGCCAGGCCUUGCCGUGA